UUGGCCGCUUCAACCAGCUCCUUUACUCUGAUUACAGCCGCUUGAAGGGUCGAGCGACAGCGGCAGGGGAACACGGAGGACUUUGGUAUCUGAAAGCACACUGUGGGAAGGAUGGCUGCCAUCAGAAAGAAGUUGGUGAUAGUUGGGGAUGGUGCCUGUGGAAAGACAUGUCUGCUCAUCGUCUUCAGUAAGGACCAGUUCCCAGAGGUCUACGUCCCCACUGUGUUUGAGAACUACAUCGCAGACAUUGAAGUUGACGGCAAACAGGUGGAGUUAGCGUUGUGGGAUACAGCAGGUCAAGAAGAUUAUGACAGACUAAGGCCUCUCUCCUACCCUGACACCGACGUCAUCCUCAUGUGUUUCUCCAUAGACAGCCCCGACAGUUUAGAGAACAUUCCUGAGAAAUGGACGCCAGAAGUGAAACACUUUUGCCCCAACGUCCCCAUCAUUCUCGUGGGUAACAAGAAGGACCUUAGAAAUGAUGAACACACACGCAGAGAGCUGGCCAAGAUGAAACAGGAGCCGGUUAAGUCCGAAGAGGGCAGAGACAUGGCCAACCGCAUAAGUGCCUUUGGCUACCUGGAAUGCUCGGCCAAGACCAAGGACGGCGUGCGGGAGGUGUUCGAGAUGGCCACCAGAGCAGCGCUGCAGGUCCGCAAACGCAAGAAGAGGGGUGGUUGCCAGCUACUGUGAGGGGGCGGAGUUUGUUUGCCAAUUAGCAACCAAGGGAGGACUCCCCAUAUAAACACAGAGCAAACUUAGUGAAUCAAUGGCUUCCGAGGACUUUACUUACUUCACCGAUGCAGAUAUGCCACAGGAGAAUAUGACAGACUGACACACCUGUUUAAAAGCAAAACAGCUUCUUUCUUCUUUUUUAAAAUAAAAAAAACUCUUAUUCCUUCUGCUACUCACUCUUUAGUUUCUGUUAGGUUUUUCCCUGUACCUGCACACCAGCCUUUAUGUGUGAAGGACCUAUCCCUUCCUUCUAUAUGAAUGAAUGUAUGUAUGUUUGUGUGUGUGUGUGUAUAUAUAUAUAUAUAUAUAUGUGCACAUACUUUACAAAUAUAUCAUGCCUCUGCCUCUUUGUUAUGAUUGUUUACAGAGAAAAAGUUUUGUAGCACACGUCUUGCUCUCAGCUCACACACUCGUUUAAAAGUUUUUUUCUAGUUUUGCUCUGAUAGUUUGGAACAUUGUUUUUUGUUGUUUUUUUUACCCGCAUGUACUACUCAGUCUCCUUCAGUCAUGAUUCAUCUACUCUUUGCACCACUAUUAAAUGUAGUUAAACCCUAAAAAGUUUUAGUUCACCAAGUGCUGAGUUGGAAGAGAUUUUUCCCCAAAUGUUUUUUUCUGACAUAAAGAACUACAUUUUGACCCAGUUCACUCUGCAUUAAUCCCCCGAAGCCUUCUUACACUGAUUCAGCAUAUACAGCUUUUUAGUUGAUAGGUUUGGGAUGCACCUUGCUCCAUCUCCCUCAUGGUGAUAGCUUAAACUGGCACUGGAGACAGUGGUCCAUUGUCACGCUUAUACUGACAGAUUUGCAUCUAAAAAGACGUCACCAUUGCCUCCCCUCAAACAAGGCUCCUGUCUGUACUCUGCAUGGCUGGUUCAGAUCCAGUAUACAUCACUGUACUCUUGGUUUUCUGUGGAAAAGUGCACAGUGUAACACAGUCUACAGCCAUGUUCAUUUUCAGGGAAAAAUAACCCCGACGUCCAACUGACAUAUUGAUGACUGCUCGGUUAUCAUGAAAAGGUUGUAAGCUUCUCUAAGUUGAAAUGGGGGCUUUAACAGUGGAGAAUAGGUCUUCAUUUAACACUAAAGGGACACUCUUUGAAAACCUUCGGUUUCUAGUGGCCGGUCAAAGGUUUGAUCAGAAGGUGCUCCUCCAAGAUAAAUUACAUUUUGCCAACAUGUACCCAGAGGAUGUGUUUUUUUUUUUACCUGAAACGUCUGCUGUUGUAUUUGGACUCUAAACUGUAACAGCAACUUUAAACACUACAUUUACACACAUGCCCCAAAUGAUUAUAUUAAUAGAGAACUUGAACAAGAAAAUUCCAACUGGAGAGCCAGUUGUCUUAGUGACCAAAACCACAACUUACUCCACUUGUCCUAUCUCGUUAAACUUCUUCCAUGAUUCUGUCAGGCCCCCGAUUGAGUCAGCGUGUGCUUCUGUCAUGCAUGUCAUAAAACAAAACUAUCUGUCUCACAGUAUUGGAGUGCAUUGAAUGGUCCCUGCAUUGAUCUUACCAACAUCAUAAGCGACAUAUGUGGUGAUCUUUCUUUUAUCUGGUACAUUCAGAUACAUUGAAUGUUCCUGGCUUGGGCUAAUUCCUGGACAGUGCCUCUUCGUAAUGUUGAAACGUGGUAGAAUGAAAAUAUGAAUUGUGGUGGCGCUUUACAAACAGGAGAGGGGUGUGUGUUGAAUGUCUGAAUGAGACAACAUGUUAAUAAAGUAUUUUUCAAAUACUG